AUGACAUGCCUGGACGGGCAGCUUGUCCAGCCCUGGCAGGACCCUGAUAUUACCAUUACAGACAAUGUGCUCCAUUUUAAAGCUCAUGGCCACGGGGCCAAGGGGGAUAAUAUUUACACAUUCCAGAUUGAGUUCUUGGAACCAGUAAACCCUCAGCCGGUGUGUAGAGUGACCCAGAGGCAGCUGAGCAUCACGGUGAAAAAGAAGGAGAGCCACUGGUGGGAGCGACUGACCAAGCAGGAGAAGCGGCCGCUGUUUCUCACUCCGGAUUUUGACCGAUGGCUGGACGAAUCGGAUGCCGAGAUGGAACUGAAGGCCAAGGAAGAAGAACGGAUAAACAAGAUCAUUGUGAAGAACAGAAUGCCCAAAGAUCCUUUCCGACACUUGAAGAGAGGCUAUUUGUUCAUGUACAAUCUUGUGCAGUUCCUGGGCUUUUCGUGGAUCUUCGUGAACAUGACCGUCCGGCUGUUCAUGCUGGGGAAAGACUCUUUCUCCGAUACUUUCCACAUGAGUGGGGACAUGAUGUACUUCUGCCAGAUGUUUUCCUUGAUGGAGAUUGUCAAUGCCUUGAUAGGCCUCAUCAAAACUCCCUUAGCUCCUGUUUGUCUCCAGAUCUUUGGGAGGAACUUCUUAUUGUUUGUAGUUCUUGGAAGUCUGGAAGAAAUGCAAAGCAAAGCAGUUGUCUUUUUCAUCUUCUACAUCUGGAGCACGGUUGAGAUCAUCAGGUAUCCAUACUAUUUGCUUUCCAGCAUCGAUAUAGAAUGGAAAAUUCUGACUUGGCUUCGAUACAGCAUAUGGAUGCCUCUCUAUCCGUUGGGAGUGUUGGCAGAAGCUGUAGCCGUGAUCCAGGCCAUUCCUGUCUUCGGCAGCACUGGAAAAUUCAGCUUCACCCUCAAUUACCCACUAAGCAUCACUGUCCCGUUUUCGGUCUUUCUGCAGCUCCAUCUCAUCAUCUUAUUUCUAGCACCGUUUAUCCUUUUCCGUCAUAUGUACAAGCAGCGGCAGCGAUGCCUUGGACCCAAAAAGAGGAAAAUGCACUAGUUGGAGUCUCUUUUUCUAAUCUUCCACGAAGGAGGGUGGAGGGGGUAGGCCUAGGGCUCUUGCAAACCCCUUUCCUUGCUCCGUUAAUCCAAAACCCAAUUUUGUAGUCAUGAUGACACACGUCUUCCCUGCGUGAUACUAGAAAAUAGAGCCAUCCGAUUAACAUUUUUUCUUUGCACCUCACUCCCUUCUCGGGUGAACUAAGCAGGGGAUCCAUGCUUAAAAUCUUCUUUCCUAUGAAAUAGACCUGGAGCCUUUAGUGAAAACAAAGCUGCUUUCCAGGGGGGGAAAACAUAAAAACUCCGACACCUGAGAGAUGUAGAAAAGGGUUUUCCAAACACCAAUUUGAGGAGGAUCUGAAGAACCUAGAAACAGAGUUAAGACUCGUUAAGGGUGACCUGGGAGAAACUUUCCUGUGCCUUUAAAGAAGUGAGUGGUUUGUUGGGAUCAAUUUUACUUUUUCCUUACCCUGACAGUGAACAUGGCUAAAUCUGGAGGGGCAAAUUCAUUGUCUAAUUCUUCCUAGUGGUGUUCUCAUUUUAGAUUCUUUAUAAUCCGUAAACUUCCUGAUACACAAGUAAUGAAAACCUCAGUCCAAUUUAAAAAUACAGCAGGCCUCUGCGGAAAAACCCCAGGGAGUAGAGACUUCUUCUGAUCAAGAACAGAGCUGGUUCAAAUCCUUGUAGGCUCGACAAAAGCUUUUUGACUGUUUCUGGCUUAAGAAUAUUGAUUCUGUCAACUUUCCAACAAGAGGACUGCAGUACUAGAUUUCAGGAAAGUGCCAUUCAGACAUGAAGGGAAGAAAAGGUGAAGAAGUUAACGUCUAUUUUGGCGAGAGUCACUCACGGCAAUCUGAAGGCAAGCAUCGCCUUCUCAAGACGAUGGGAGUUUUUUUUUUGUUUCUCCAGUUGGGGAAAUGAGUUUUGGACCCCAAAUCCUGGGCUGCUGUCUUGAGGCUAAUUUUCCUUCUCGGCAGGGAGAGCAUCUGGGGGUGGCAUUUUAACAUUUUUCACCCCUCUUAAUCUUCAGCUGGGUUCCUCUCCACCGCCCCCCUCCCCGGGGUACCCCACAAAGAGGGCUAUUAAAGUAUUUGGAGUUGGGGAGGUUAGCUUAAUGGGUUACAGUGCAGGCACUUUGUUAUGAAUCUGUAUUGGCAAGUUUUGGACAAGGCAAACCCAAAGCGUAUUUCUAAUAAUAAAUCCUUC